AUGGCGAAGGACACCAAGGAUCUGGAGGCCGCCAUCCAUGACCAAACGAAUCUUGUGCCGUUCAAGGAACGCAUGAUCAUAUUUUUCACCCUCGCGUUUUGCAUGUUCCUAUGCUAUGUCGACCAAAACGGCAUCACUGUUCUUUUACCCAGUAUCGCGAGAGACUUGAAUGCUGCCGACACGAUCGCCUGGGCUGGCACCUCGGCUCUAAUCGCAAAUACUGUGUUCCAGGUCCUCUACGGCCGUCUAUCCGAUCUCUUUGGACGUAAGAAAAUCUUUGUCGGGUGUAUAAUACUGCUGGCUAUCUCGGACUUGGUAUGUGGCCUCACUCCCAACAAAGAGGUUCUGUAUGUCUUCCGCGGUAUCUCUGGUAUCGCCAACGGAGGCAUUAUCGCGCUGGUCAACAUGAUUAUAUCAGAUGUUGUGACUCUGCAACAGAGAGGCAAAUAUCAAGGUAUUAUUGGAUCGUUCAUUGGAUUCGGUAAUGCUGCAGGUCCGUUGAUCGCCGCUGCGUUCACACAGCACUCGACCUGGCGAGGUCUGUUCUACCUCAACGCACCUCUGUGUUGCGUGGCUGCCGCUCUCGCUGCAUGGGUCUUGCCACAGAGCAUGCCCAAAGUCAAGUUCAGGGAGACCAUUGCCAAGAUCGACUGGAUUGGUCUCUUCUUCAGCACAGUCGCCAUCAUCCUUGUUCUCAUUGCCAUAUCGGACGGCGGUCACGGCACACCCUGGGAUUCUGCAGAAACCAUAUCCAUGCUGGUCAUAGGCGGCAUCUGUGCGAUAAUCUUUGUCAUUGUCGAGUGGAAGUUUGCCAAGCUACCCAUGAUGCCGCUGGAGAUGUGGCAGAACCCGUCUGUGGCGUGUAUGUUGGUUCAGUCCUUCUUCCUCGGCAUGAACUAUUACUCCCUGUUAUACUACCUGCCAUUGUACUACCAGAAUGUUGGUGGUUACAAUGUCAUGGAGUCAGCAGUCCUCAUCCUCCCUCUGGUCUUGGUACAAUCCGCAACCUCUGCCCUCGCAGGCCAAUACAUGUCCUUCAUCGGCCACUACAUCGAAACCAUCUUCAUUGGCUUUGUCGUAUGGACUCUAGGCUCAGGAUUGUUGAUCUCUCUCGAUGCUGAUUCACCCAUCAGCCAUAUUUGCUGCUUCAUCAUUUUCGUCGGCUUUGGCGCUGGCUGCACAUUCCAGACGACCAAUACUGCGAUGCAAGCACAUUGUCCCAAGUCACAGCGUGCGAUUGUUAUUUCGAAUCGAAUGCUGUUGCGUCAACUGGGCGGUGCAGUGGGUUUGGCCAUCUGCUCGGCCAUCUCGGGCAAUGUCCUUCAAUCGAGUCUGCCGCCGCAUCUGCAGUAUAUCGCCGACUCCACGUUCGCUGUGCCUGACCUAAAGACCGUCAGCGCUGCCGAUCGAACGAGUAUCAGUACUGCAUAUGCAGAUGCAAGCCGUACUGUGUUCAUCUUCUGCGCGGCCACUGUCGGCGUAGCAUUAUUACUUACAUUCCCUGUCAAAGACAAAGGACUAAAGAGAGAAGAAGACGUUAUCGAAGAGAAGGUCCGCGAGGCAGAAGCAGAACAAGCAGGUCAGAACCUCGAACAUGUGAAUAGUGCCGAUAAGAAGAAGCCUAGUCUCAUCACACGAUUCAAGACAUGGAGAGAUUCGUUGAAAGAGUUCGUCUGCACAGCUACAGAGUUUGGAUACAGAGCAAGUCUCUCCAAACUCCUUGUCCAAAAGUUCUUUAAAUCCCAAGUAGAUUAG